AACGAAACAGGCCUUACUCUAACUGCUGCAAGCCUCAGUGCAGUUACUGGCGGCAGCCGUUCCCGUGUUUGUCCAUGUCCAUCCAAUCCAACUCAUGCACUUCAUCACUCCUAGAGGAGUGCAGAAGCUGGGAAUUGUACUUCCACUACUAAAAAAUUGCUGUAGCCUCCUUCGUCUUGAGCGAGCAUGGAGAUGUCAGCCAUGGAGGAAGCCCUCCCCAAGGCGAUGGAGAGGAGGAAGGGAGGCCUCAGAACCAUUCCGUUCAUCAUCUUAAACGAGAUAUUCGAGAAGGUGGCCACGUUCGGGCUGUCGGCCAACAUGAUCCUGUACCUCACCGAGCGGUAUCUCAUGACCAACGCCUUUGCCACCGUCGUCCUCUACUUCUGGCAUGCCUUCUCCAACUUCCUGCCCAUCUUAGGCGCCGUGCUCGCCGACGCCCGCCUCGGCCGGUUCCGGGUCAUCACCCUCGGCUCCUGCGUUAGCCUCUUCGGGAUGUGCCUGCUGUGGCUGACGGCGAUCCUUCCGGUGUACAAGAACACCCCGGAGUGCGCGCCGGGGCGGCCGGUAGGGUGCGCGGUGCUGCCGUGGCAGCUGCCGCUCCUCUUCACGUCGUUCGCGUUCAUGUCCCUCGGGUCGGGCGGCAUCCGGCCCUGCACGCUGGCGUUCGGGGCCGACCAGCUGGACAAGCGGGACAACAGCGCCAAUAACGUGAGGACGCUGCAGACCUUCUUCAACUGGUACUACACGGUGCUGGGCCUCUCCAUCGUGUUCGCGUCCACCGUCAUCGUGUACAUCCAGCAGGCCAGGGGCUGGGUCGUCGGCUUCGCCGUGCCCGUCGUGCUCAUGGUCACCGCGCUCACGCUGUUCCUCCUGGGCUCGCCCUUCUACAUCAAGGCGGCGGCCAACAGCAGCGUCGUCAUCGGCUUCGUGCAGGUGCUCGUCGCCAGCUACAAUAACCGCCACGAGCCCUUGCCGCCGGAGACUGCCGACUCCUCGAGCUUCUACAACAAAGCAGGCUGCAAACCUAGGACUCCCACGAACAAGCUAAUGUACUUGAACCGGGCUUGCGUGCUCAGGAACCCGAGCAAGGAGAUCAGCCCCGACGGGGCGGCGUGCGAUCCGUGGAGGCUGUGCACGGUGCAGCAGGUGGAGGACACCAAGGCCGUCAUCCGCGUGCUUCCGAUAUGGUCGACGGGGAUCAUGCCGGGCGUGGUCGUCGGGCAGCAGAUGUUCCCGACGCUGCAGGCGAAGACGAUGGAGCGGAGGGUGGGCAAGCUGGAGAUCCCCCCUGCCUCCUUCGGCGUCUUCGCCAUCCUGACGCUCACCGUCUGGGUUGCCGUGUACGACCGCGUGCUGGUGCGGCCCCUGUCCCGGCUCACCGGCCACGCGCGCGGGCUCAGCCUGCGGCAGCGGAUGGGCGCCGGCCUGGUGCUCUUCGCCGUGGCCAUGGCCGUGGCCGCGCACACCGAGAGCGUCCGCCGAGCCGCCGCGCUCGCCGAGGGGCUCCGCGACUCCAACCCGCUGACGGGGGAGCGCCCGGUGCGCAUGUCGGCCAUGAAUCUGGUGCCGCAGCACUGCCUCACGGGGCUCGCCGAGGGCCUGAACCUGAUCGGGCAGAUCGAGUUCUACUACUCCGAGUUCCCCAAGACCAUGUCCAGCAUAGGGGUGUCCCUGCUCGCGCUCGGCCUCGGGUUUGGCGCCGUGCUGGGCAGCGCCAUCGUCGGGGUCAUCGACGCGGGGACCCGGAGCGGCGGCAGCCACGACGGCUGGCUGCCGAGCAACCUGAACAGGGGGCACUACGACUACUACUACUUGGUACUGGCGGUGCUAUGCGCCGCCAACGUGCUGUACUUCGCAGUGUGUGGCUGGGCAUACGGCGACGAGGGGCAAAACCGGGUGGUGGCCGCCGACGCCGCGGUGGACGACGUCGACGACAAGGAGGAGGAGCAAAAGGCGGUAAUCAUCUAGGCUUAGGCCACGGUGGACUUUGAGCAGAGCACUAGGAACAGUAUAGCGUUGAUCUGGGAUGAUCUCUUGCUCUAGUGUGUACCUCGUACAUAUGCUAAUCAAUAUGGUGACAUUUCAAGAGUAGAUAAUCUUGAAAUGUUAAUAUGGACAGUAAGUACUGUCGUGUAGCGUGUCAAAAAUGCCGCAUGCAUUCUCUCUUCCGAAUUAGGAGGUAGAGAGAACUUCAGUGAUCCAGUAUUCCAGUGGUCGCCCACUCGCCCAUACGUUAACCCACUUUGACUUUCUCAUUCCCCUCAUCCGUCUCCUUCCCCUCAAGUUCAAUGCCACUGCUAGUGCUAGGUGUCAGCUGCCCCAGCCUAUUAUGAACUCAUGGAAUCAGGGGUUAAGAUUAUUCACAAUGAUUCUCUUU